AUGUGAUGACAUUUCAUUUUCGAAUUUAUUUUUUUUACAAAAAAGUGACGAUGGCAAUUACAGCCCAAAUUGUAGUUUUUAUCAUUUAUUUGCAUAACAGACAUUAGGUAUUGAACACGUUUUACAAUUCUGUUUCGAUUCCACAUCAAAGGAAAUAUGAAAUGGCCAAACAGGCCAAUUCAAAUGAACACAAACAAGCCUGGCAAUCAUGUUAUUAUUGUCCGCUUCAGUCCUUCAAAAAUCAAAUAGAAUUUGUGAGACAUCUACGAGAACGACACUGUACGCAAGAAGGUGGAUCGUACGUAUGCCGAUACGGCUAUAAUGGAGUUUGUGCCUCGCUACCUAUGGACGGUGUCAAUGAUCGAGACUACGAGAGUCAUGUGACAAAAUAUCAUGUAAAUCAAAUCAAUAAAGGUCCAGAACAAUGGUCAGUAUUUUCAGCCUCCCAAAAUCUACCGGCAGUCCUCAACGAUCCAAGCCGGGGCAAGCAAUCUAAUUUAUUUACACAGAAAUGGGGCGAUUCGUUCGUCGAGAAAGUGUCGAUUCCUGCUUCGAUUCACUUAAAUGACGUCACGUACGACGACUUUGAGCCGUACAUGAAAAGAAUUGGCAAAAGAUAUCGCCGGCACAUGCGAUUGAGUCAGAUCGGAAUGGAACAGCAGACCCAACAACAGUCACCAGCUAGUCAUAAAUUGCUCAACGAGCUCAACAAUGCCAGUCUGAAUGACAUUCCACAGAUAUUCACCAAACCGAAUUUGGAAUUGAAUAAUGCGGCGACAUUCAGCGAAGUGUUUCCCGGUAUUGGCAGUGAAGAUAAAGAGCGACAGUCGGGACGAUUAUUGCAAGAGAAACUCAGCCAUUAUCUGGACAUUGUUGAGGUACAAAUAGCGCGACAAGUGUCGCAGAAAUCUUCCGCCUUUUUCCACGCAAUGACAUCACAGGACACAAUUAUGGCAAUGAUGAACGAUGCCACCGACAAUGUACAAUCGCUCCGGCAUAAGAUUCAACACAUUGAUGCGACGUUGGUCAAGGAUUCGUUGAACAUUAUCUCAAUGGCACGGAAUCGAUCGCAUUACCAAAUGGUUCUCGAUAAACUGAAGUUAAUGGCAACGGUGCAUCAAACGCAACCGAUGAUACAAUUGUUGCUGUCCACUCAAGAUUAUGUGGCAGCCUUGGAUCUUAUAUUCACGACGCAGGAGAUAGUUGCUCAAGAACUGGUCGGCAUUCACUGUUUCAAACAUUUGCCGUCGCAGCUCAAAGAAAUGGAACUUUUGAUCGAUAAAAUGCUGACGACCGAUUUCGAGAAAUAUUCGACGGCCGAUUUGAAUCGACCGCUUUUGGACGUUGAAGAGCAUGUCCUCGAUGAAGAUAAAUUGGUUUGCAUCAUAUCGGGUUUGUUGCGUCAGAAGAAUUUUUCGUUCGUUGAUGCGUACAAGGAGGAGGCCAUUUGUACGGUGAAAUUGCUGAUGAAGCAAAUUUUAAUUGAAGUCCUAGCCACUAGUGACGCAGAAAUAUGUUUGACCGGUGCGGGUGAAGAGGGUCAAGCCUUUUCAAUUGCCGAAUGGAUUAUAAUAUUGGACAAGGCGACGAUUGUGUUGUGGAAACUGCUUCGUCGCAUAAGAUCUGCCCUGGAUGUGAUGCAGCAGAUAGCUGAUGCUAGUUCCGGUAAAUUAAGUGAGAAAAUGGAUUUCUUCGAAUCGGAAUCAUUUCUGAAGGAGGACGAUCAUCGGAAACUGGAACAGAAGCUGAAAGACACAAUGCAUUCCAUAUGCGACUAUUGCCAUGAACGAUGCUCCAAUUUAAUUUCCAGUCAAAGUCUAGAGUCAAAUGUUGCGACAGCCGAACAGCUACGCAAAUUAGUUCAAAUCGUCGAUGAUUUCAGCCAUGGUUGUGAAAUUCUGUGUGGCACGCCCAGUUUUCCACUUCGAGCAGCUGUGAAAUCGCAAGGUUCCAAAUACGCUCAAAAGUUCCAUUCCGAUCGAAAGUCAAAAUUGGCACUGCUGUUGGACAGUGAACGAUGGAAACAGGCCGAUGUGCCGGAUGAAUAUCAAAAAAUUAUCGAUCGCAUAGCUGAAGGGGACUUCAUGUGGACGAAGAAAGAUGAAUCUUCACAGGUGCCAGCAGCUGCUGUACUUUUAGUCGACACCGAACCAUUCGCAUUGGUCGGUGCUGCUCUGAUCUUAGUUCAAAUUGUCAGCGAAUACUGUCGUUGUGCCGCAGAGUUACCAAUCAUUGCUGGAUUAUUGUCCCGGCAUGUUAUCGACAUUCUGCGGACGUUCAAUUCGCGAAGUUGUCAGUUGGUGCUUGGAGCUGGUGCUCUGCAUGUGGCCGGCUUGAAAACAAUUACUAGUGGAAAUUUGGCUCUGGUGUCGCGAGCGCUGCAGUUGGUUCUAUGGCUUCUGCCGCAUAUUAAAUUACAUUUUCAAAAAUUAGAUCUAAACGGAACGACACCAGCAUUUACCGGCUACGAAACCGUUGAAAAGGAUUACCAGAGUCACAUCAAUGAAAUCGAGAACAAAGUGUUGUCGAUCGUUUGCAAUCUGGUCAAUACACAGCUGUCGACUUGGAACGCAAGACCACCAGUACCAUCACAGUCAUUCCGCAAUAUUUCCAGACAUUUCGUCAAAUUGCAUGAAGCCAUCGCACCCAUUUUGCCUGAAUCCCAAGUGAACAGUAUCUAUAGGACCGUACAUAAAACAUUCAAGGAUAAAUUGAGAGAACUGUUGCUGAAGAAUAACAUUGUCAAUAAUGGUGGUCCGCAGCACGGUGUCGUCACAUCCGAGUUGACAUUCUACUUGGAAACGUUACGAACAUUAAAAGCGUUAACAGCCGAUGAAUUGAUGGACAAAUCCAUGAAUGAUAUUUGGUUGAAGUGACCAAGUUGUCUGGGAUUUUUGUUUGUUUAUUUAUUAGUGAUGAGAGUCGGACACGACUAAAAACCACGAAAAUAUUGAAGCGUCAAAGUUGAGGAAUAAAUUAUUUCAAAAGAUUUUUAAA